AUGGGUUUCUCCGAUCUUUUCGCCGACGUGAUCUCCUCCCUGGGCUUCGCCGAGGCCCAGGCUGAGGCUCCCCCAGCCGAGGAGACUCAGAACACCGAAGAGGAAUCGACCCAGGACAAGUCGGCGGACGCUGAGGAAGCCCAGGAGCAGCCCGAGGAGCAGCCCGAGGAGGAAGAGGCCGGAGAAGAAGAGGAGGAGGAGGAAGAGGAGGAGGAGGAGGAAGAGCCCGAGGACCCCAUGCCCAGACUCGUGCAGGAGUGCACCGACUCCCAACAGUGCGCUGCUGCUAAGCACCACUUCGACGAGUGCGUUGAGCGUGUCACCAGAGCCUCGGAGGAUCCCGACUACAAGGGCCCCAAGGAGGACUGUGUCGAGGAGUUCUUCCACCUCCAGCACUGCGCUACCCAGUGCGCCGCUCCCAAGCUCUGGCGUGAGCUCAAAUAG